AUGUCGAGACCAGAUCGUUCUGUACAUGAUAAUGAAUGGACAUGUUAUUGGUUUCCUGAUUGCAAUGUUCCAUGUAAGAAACCUUGCGAAAAUCCUGAACAUAUUCACAGACGAUGUGCUGCAUUUGGACUUCAUAAACUCAACUUUUGUGCUCAUGGUAAAUGGGGUUUUUACUAUAGUCCAGAAGGUGAUAUUCAUACUUGGGAAUCUAUUUCUCGGUUGAAAAGUAAUCCUAAUGGAUGUACCAAAAUUUAUUUACUUAUUUAUAAUCAAGAUAAACAACAAAUUCUUUUUGAUCUAAGCAGAAAUGGAAAAUAUAAUUUACCAUCAUAUCAUCGUCUUACCUCACAACCAACAGAUUUAUAUGAAGUAGCAUCGAAUUAUUUUUUCAGUUUAUUUCCUAGUAAUAACAAGGUCGAUUCAUUUCCAUUCGUGCAACGUCGAUUUAUAUUUCAUAAUUCAUCAGCAAUUUAUCCGGUUUGUUUGAAUAAUGAAUUCGCUUCUCAAAUUUUAUCUAAGUUGGGACGUAAAUGGUUUGACCGAGAAGAAAUUGAACGAGAAGUGAAAUUUAUUAAGAUUCAAUGGACAUUAACACCUGAUAAUAAAACAUACAGUUAUAAAGUUAAAAAUAAUCAAGCAAUAUUAGGAGGACGGCCUUUGUUUCCAUUAGCAGCUUUUGUUUUUCGAUGGCUUAUGCCUAAAAUAGAUAGUGAAUCGGCAGCAAGUUCAAGAGCCAGAUCUCCUGUUGAUUCUGCAUAUUCUACGGCGUAUACAGCUGCAUCAAGUGGUACAUCGGGAUAUUCUUCAAUGGCUCCGUCUAUUUCCAAUGUAGAAAUUAUUCAAGACCCCGAUUUUCGUACUUCGUUCGAUGAAUUUAUUGGAGACUAUGAACGACAAGAUUUAUCGAUUAAAAAUGUAAGAUUAAAAGAAAAUCUUAUUUUAUGUUAUGAUGUUGAAAAUAUUGACAGAAAAAUAUUUUCUGAUUACCAAAUCGAAAUAUUCAAUAAUCCAUUUCAAUUUAUUUCACGGAUCUUAUCCUUAACAGACAAAACAGUUUAUCUAAUUAUUUCUAUGAAUAAACAUCGUUUAAUCAUUCCAUUAAUACACAAACAUUUUUGUGUUGAAAAAAUUUAUUUAUACAAUCAGCAAAUCAUUACUGAUUUUUCUUCUAUCUCAGAAAAAAUCGAUGGUUGUUAUGCAGAUUUCAACGAACUAUCCAACCAAAUGAUAAACGAUAUUAAAAUCAAUGACAAUAAAUUUCAAGAUAAGAAUCUCUUUUGUAUGUUACAUACUCAACAAUUAACAAAUCAGUAUUCAAUCAUUUCUACGAGGAAAAAUUCAUUACAUAAGCAAUAUGUUGUGAUCUUUGAUGAUGAAACUCAUGAAAUUUCUCGUUCAUAUCGUGAAACAAUUUCUUUUUAUCAAUCAAGCAAUUUUCAAGAAUGUAUUCAAUUUAUUCGAGAUCAUAGACAAUUACAGAUAUUGUUUAUUCUUUCAAAUACAUUUAUUGUAGAAGAAGUUCAAUCAAUUUGUGAUUCUCAACAAACUAUUCUUUUAUAUUUUCUUAAACCUAAUUUUUCUAUUCAUCAUAGAAAAGUCAAAGGAAUAUUUAAUACAUUAGAAGAAUUAUUCGUAGAAUUACAUAAAGAUAUUCUCUUUUAUCAAGAAGGUGAUUUUCAUACGUCAAACAUUUCUAUAUUCACUAAAAUUAACCGAGAAAAACCAUUAAUUAUUCAAUUAAAUGAAAAACAAAUUGAUUUUCUUAGUUUUAGUUUAUUUCUUGAUAUUUUACCGUAUAUUCCCUCAUUAAAUUUCACCGAAGAAGAUCUUAAGAACCUCUGUGAAAUGCUAUUUGAUACUCAAGAAACUAAUAUUUCCGAUUAUAUUGUUCAAAUUGAACAAACAAAUAACCUUAUUCGGUUUAUUGAAGAUCCAAAUUGUUCGAAAACUAUCAAUCAACUUCAUAAAUUCAACGAAUUAUUAAUAUUUCAACAUACAUUUUUCUCUAUAUAUAGACAAGUUUCUCAAUCAAAUAAAUCAGUCAUAUUCGAUAGUGUUUAUAUGUCAAAAAUAAUCACAUCCGAAGCACUGAACUCGCUUCAAUCAAAUCAUUGCGAAUAUAUUCAUAUUGGUAUUUUCAUUUUGGCAACAAAAUCUCUUCUAACAGCACGUUCUAUCGCAAGAACAAUGGUUAAUAAUGGUUUAAUUGCUGUUCUAUUUCAAAUCGAUCUUGUUGAACAAAUAAAUUUCUUAGAUAUUGACAAUGAACGUAUUUUAUUCUCUCCAAAUACAUUAUUUCAAUUAAAAUCAAUCAAUAAAGCCUGCGAUGAUGUAUUUUAUAUAAGAAUUAAACCUGUUCAAACCGAAUAUCAAUUAUUUAAAGAACAAUUACAUAUUGAACUUGAUUUUCAAUUAUGUUGGUUGACAUAUGGGAAUUAUUUAUAUUAUUUUAAUCGAUUUCAACAAGGUGAAUUAUAUUUCAAUUACCUUUUAGAGAAAAUUCUAGAUGAAAAUUCAUCUCGAGCAGCCAUUUCUAAUAAUCUCGGUUUGUUAUACUUAAACAAAUGUGACGACGGAAAUAAACAAGAAUAUUUCGAUAAAGCACAAAGGAUAUUAAAGGAAAAUCUUUUCAGAAAACCAAAAUCUGUAAUCGAAAGGACUUUUCUCCAAGAAGAUCGUCAUUAUUCAUUAGUAAAUCCAGUAAGAAAUGUUAUUGAUUAUCCAACAGUCGUUGGUACAAUUGCAGAUUCAUAUUUUAAUACUAAUCAAUAUGAGGAAGCUUUAAAAUUUUAUCUAAAAGCAUUAGAGUUAUCUGUUAAUCCACAAAAUUGUUUUUAUUAUCGAAAAAUGAUUUUUAAAAUCAAAAAUUCUUCUCAAAUAAAACAUUUUUCUCAUCGAGAUUUUACAUUAAAAUCGAAUCGUGAUCACAUAUUUAUUGGUAUUUGGUUAUACGAUGAUUAUUUUCCAUCGGAUCAACAAAAUCAAAUGGAAAUUCAUUUAAAUCGUUUAUUUCAUUAUUAUCAAGCAUUCAAUUCUCUGGAAAAAUUAUCUUCAUAUUUCGGACGAGAUCGAGUUCUUCAUGUUGCUAAAAUCUUUUUUAUUAUUUCAAUAUCUGAUGUCGCAUCCAAUACAUUAGUUCAAUUAUCUGAAGAAUAUUCAAAUACGGAAAAGUUUUAUCUCUUCUUAACUUCGGGUAGUUUUUCGUCAGUACAUUUUAUGACAAAUAGUAUGGAAAGUUUAUUUGAACAAAUGAGAAAAGAUAUUCGUGAAUCUGUUAAAGGAAACAAUAAUCCAGUUAAGAAAAAUGAAGAAAAUAAGAUUGAAAAACCAUUUUAUAUCUCACGUGUUAAUCAAAUUUCAACAUUUAUUGAAAAAUUUAUUACAAAAUCGGAUGAAAUAAGAUUAAAUACACAUGGAAUUGAUGAUUCGAUAAAACUAUGCAAAUUUCUAACAAUAAUUAAUAUUCUUCUNCUGAACGUUUUAGAUUUAUUUAUUCUUCCUACUCUUCAGCAUAUUCGUCGAUUAGAGAAUUCCUAUCUCGUUCUUUACUUACCGUUGAGUAACUAUUGGAUUAUCAAACGAGUGAACGAAGCGAAUCGACAAGAUUUGUGCCUGUUGGAUCAAAAUGGUUUGGUGACUCGGUUGAAUAUUCACGAAAGUGAAAAUAUAAUUGGAAUGCGUUUCUUUGGUAAACAAUAUUUCUUAGUUCUACGUCAAAUUGAGAAUAGUUCUCUUCAAAUGCAAUGGUUUCAUAUCGAUAAAUUCUAG